CUUGGGACGAGGUGAAGACGACCACUUUAAAUGGGGCCUGGAGGAAACUGUGUCCACAGUUUGUGCACAGUUUUGAAGGCUUUGACCAAGCAGAAGACGUCGAGACUGUGACGAGGAAGAUCGUAGGGCUAAGCAAGAGGCUGAAACUAGAUCUUGAACCUGAUGAUGUAACAGAGCUGCUGGCUUCCCAUGGAGAGGAAUUGUCUGCAGAGGACUUACUAGAACUUGAACAACAAUGAUUGAGGAAGAGGAGGCGGCACCAGAGCCAAAACCCAGGUCAUUAACUGUGAAAGGCUUGUCAGAGGGUUUUACUCAUCUGGAGAGAGCCUUGGCUUCUCUUUUUGAGGCAGAAGACCCUAACGUUUCUAGGUUUGACAAAAUCAAGAGAGGAAUCAUGGAUUUGGUGACUUUCUACAAGGAGACCCUGAAGGAGAAGCAGACGAAGAGAAGUGUGCAGUCCAGGCUUGACACUUUCUUUCACAAGUCUCCAGUACCACCACCUCCCACUCCUAGUCCUGAAGUGGUGACAGUUCCAGAUCCCCCUGUACUACCUGUGACAGUUCCAGAUCUCCCUGUACUACCUGUGACAGUUCCAGAUCUCCCUGUACUACCUGUGACAGUUCCAGAUCCCCCUGUACCUGGACCCUCUGUAUCAGCCCGCCCACCUGUACGUGUACAAUCAGACCCCUUUGAUAGUGACAGUGACCCAGAUGACCCUGAGCCUUUCCAUGGUUUUGAUGCCUCGCCCUAUACAUCAGAUGUAGAUGUUCCCUCAUCAGUUGAUACGAGUAUCACCUCUCCAGAGCCCAAAUCAGUUGAUACGAGUAGUAUCACCUCUCCCAUUCCUUCAGACUCCCAAGCACCUGCCCAUCCCACUCCAUAGCCCAGCCACCCACUCUCAUGUACCAUAUGGCCAUCCCAGUAAGCAAGCCAACCACUAGAAUUUGACUGGCAUGCACCUGUGACUUACAUAAACCAGACCUCUACAUAGCCUACAUGUCUUCAUUUUGCUGAAGACUGCCCAUCAUCCUAGCCUGUUAUCUGUGAUAAAGCACACUGAAGUUAGGUUUGGAAUGCAUCCUUAUCAUGAAUGCUCUACACCUCCACCUCCAUCUCCCACAACCUAGGUAACAGCUUUG